AUGACCUCGAACCAUAGCCGCGUGCAACCAACCCCCUCCUCCCCUUGCCCGCAGGCGAACACACCCAUUUUUCCCAUCCUGCCCCCCCAUUUUCCUCUUUGUGCGACCCUCACUCAGCGCAAAAGCAAGGGGAGCGAGUUCGCACCAACCGGAAGCCAGCACGGCAUCAAGACCUUUUCCCUUCGUUUCCGUCUCACUAAAGCGUCACGGCCAGGACAUUGGAAGCGCGGCGCCGCGCGGCAUGGCAAAAAGAAGGCCAGGCCCAUUUCCACGCAUCCCGUCUUGCACCGAUCCCAGCGACCCUUUUUUGUCUCGCUAAGGCUGGACCAAGACACGCCUGCAGCCACGCGGCUGCACAGCGAAUCCAGAAGGGUGGCCCUGCAGGUUUCCAACCUCGGUGUGCCCUCUGGGUUGCACCACCGGAGGGGGCAAGAUGAGGAGAAUGAGUGCGCGCGCACCUAUGGAAGCAUUCACGCAGGCACACCCCCCGCCGAGGCCAAGAAUACUGAAUAUACAUGGACGGUACCUUUUGGGGGGGUUCUCUCUGCCAAGUUUGUCCUCCCGCUUGUCUCGGGGCUGCCUGCCUAUGAGCUGAAAGACGGCUCGGCACGACUCAGGCCCACGCUGCGGGCUGCGCGUUUGACUCGCGUUCCCGUCUUCAUUUUGCCUCUGAACGCCGCUCGCCGGCACGGAAGGGGGGCGCGUCCCAGAUCUGUAGGCGAGCGAAAGGGCGAAAGUGGGCAGGACCGGUGA